AUGGCUGACGUCGCAACACCUUCUGGAGCGGCCAUGUUCGACGCUGGCAAUACCGAGAAAAAGGAGAAAUCCGGCAAGCCUACUGCUCCUGAUGCAGAAGCCUACAAGGCGGCUCUCGCAAAGCUAGAGAAGGAGCAUAAAGCUGCUAUGGACAGAUAUACAGCAGCCAAAGCAAAAUGCGAGCUUGCAACAUCCCCAAAGGACUCACCUUCCGGUAAAGAGCGUGCCGAGACCCUGAAGAAGCUCAAAGAAAUCCAGGCCAAGCAGGGUGAAGGAAAAGCUGGCCGUGGACCAGUGUUGGAAAAAAUCAAGAAACUGGAGGAUAGCGUGCGUACCGACCAGAACAACUUGAAAGCCGCCAAAAGCAAGUUGAAUUACAAGGGAACUGAAGACAUUGACCGCGCAAUUGAGCGCUUGGAUAAGGAAGUCAAUGGCGGCAUGAUGAAGCUGGUCGAUGAGAAAAAGGCAUUGGCUGAAAUAUCGAGUCUGCGAAAGCAACGAAAACAGUUCACCGGAUUCGACGACAUCCAAAAGAGCAUUGAUAAUAAGAGAGCCGAGAUCAAGAAGCUCCGCGACUCUCUUGAUGACCCUGAAGCUAAGGCCCUUAGCGAAGAAUACAGCAAAUUACAAAAGAAAUUCGACGAGCUCAAAGCUGCACAAGAUGAGGCUCACAGUAAUCUGAGCGCUCUCCGUGAUGAAAGGUCGAAAUAUCACAAGGAGCAGCAAGAGACUUAUGCUGAGAUCAAGAAGCUCAAGGAUGAACACUACCAAGCCGGCCGCGCAGCGCAAAAGUACGAAUUUGAACAGCGCCAGAAAGCGAGAGAAAGGAAGAAGGCUGAGAACGAAGCUUACCAGAAGGGAAAGAGAAUGGAGCGUGCCAAUGCGAUUCUUGCUGAAGCUAGGGAACCAGCUUACCUGGACGAGAUCAGACGUGCAAACAGUCUUCUGGCCUUCCUCGACCCGUCAUUCAAGCAAGAAAAAGCCGCCCUUAAAGCUGCAUCAGGAAUGGAAGCAGCUGCGUCACGAAAAGUUGAUGAUUCCGGAAUGAAGGGAACCAAGGUCGUCAAAAAGGAGGAAGAAGACUACUUCGCUGGUACUGGUGGUAAGAAAUCCAAGGGAAAGAAGAACAAGAAAGCUGCCCCAGAAUCACCAUCUACACCUUCCACACCAACCACCGGAAAGUUUAGCUGCCCACCUGCUGUUAUGGAGGAUUGUGCGGCUAUGGGAAUUGAUCCUCCCAUGACUGCUUCCGAUAUCCCAUCGGUAACUGAGAAAGUCAAGGCCAAGUUGGAGCACUGGAAAUCCGAUCAAGAUGCCCAGACCAAGAAAAACGUCGAAAAGGCCGAAAAAGAAGUCAAGCGUCUCGAAGCCGAAGAAGAUGGCACCUCCACCCCAUCCGAAAAACCAACCACCACCAACGGCCACGGCGAAACCAAAGCCACAGCCGGUAUCGAGGAAGGAGGCUCCAUCACCAACGAAAUCGAACUUGUUAAGGGCGCCGUCGCAGACGUCGUUGCGGAUCUGAAGGGCGCUUCCAUUGAGGAUAAGGCGUAG